CGGGGCUGUGUGCAAGACCCGCGCGGAGCCGAGCAGCCGCCGGGAAGCGCCUGGGUUCCGCGGAGACCGUGCUGCCUGCUCCUCGCUUCGGCCGCCGCCGCUUCAGCCGCCGCCGCCGCCGGAGGAGCGGCCGCCUAUUGUCUUUCUCCGCGGCGAAGGUGCGGAGCUGUUCCGGCUCGGCCCGCGGGGGAGCCCCGGAGCCGCACGUUUCCUGGGUCAUGAAACUUAAUCCACAGCAAGCUCCAUUAUAUGGUGAUUGUGUUGUUACAGUACUGCUUGCUGAAGAGGACAAAGUUGAAGAUGAUGUAGUUUUUUACUUGGUAUUUUCGGGUUCUACCCUCCAUCACUGUACAAGUACUCGGAAGGUCAGUUCUGAUACGUUGGAGACCAUUGCUCCUGGUCAUGACUGCUGUGAGACAGUGAAGGUGCUGCUCUGUGCUUCCAAAGAGGGCCUUCCUGUGUUUGUGGUGGCUGAAGAAGAAUUCCAUUUCGUCCAGGAUGAAGCGUAUGAUGCAGCCCAAUUCCUGGCGACCAGUGCUGGAAAUCAGCAAGCUCUGAACUUCACCCGCUUUCUUGACCGGUCGGGACCCCCAUCUGGGGAUGUGAAUUCCCUCGAUGAGAAAGUUGCACUAGCGUUCAGACACCUGAAGCUGCCAGCAGAGUGGAAUGUGCUGGGGACAGAUCAGACUUUGCAUGAUGCUGGCCCUCGGGAGACACUGAUGCAUUUUGCUGUGCGGCUGGGACUGCUGAGGCUAACGUGGUUCCUGUUGCAGAAGCCGGGUGGCCGCGGAGCUCUCAGCAUCCACAACCAGGAAGGGGCCACGCCUGUGAGCUUGGCCUUGGAGCGAGGUUAUCACCAGCUGCACCGGCUUCUAACCGAAGAGAAUGCUGGAGAACCAGACUCCUGGAGUAGUUUAUCCUAUGAAAUACCUUAUGGAGACUGUUCUGUGAGGCAUCAUCGAGAGCUGGACAUCUAUACAUUAACCUCUGAGUCUGAAUCACAUCAUGAACCCCCAUUUCCUGGAGACAGUUGCACUGGACAUAUUUUUAAACUUAUGAACAUCCAACAGCAACUAAUGAAAACAAACCUCAAGCAGAUGGAUAAUCUUACGCCCUUAAUGAUGACAGCCCAGGACCCUUCCAGUCCAGCCGGUGCCCCAGAGAAAGACGGCCAGUUCCUUCCCUGUGCGUCUGCGCCCACGGGCGACCAGCAGCUGUCUUCUCCUGAAGAGACCAAGAGCACCCCGUGCUGCCACGGAAGCCCUGCUGGGCAGAUUGAGAGUUCCUGUAAUUUGUCAAGUACGCUUGAGAAAGAGAAUACAGACUGCUCCUGUAGGAAGAAAAAUGAAGCUGUGGAAAGAAAAGGGGAUGGGGUGAAGCAAGCACCUAUUGUGGACUCUGGAACUGUGUCUGAUCAGGACAGCUGCCUUCAGAGCAUGCCUGACUGUGGAGUAAAGGGCAUGGAAGGCCUUUCAUCCUGUGGAAACAGAAAUGAAGAAACUGGAGCAAAAUCUGCUAGAAUGGCCACAGACCAGGAGUCUUUGAGGCAUGGAGACAGUGUACUGCAGGGAGACGUGGUCAUGGGGCCAGGCACAGCCCAGCAUUCCUCUGAAGGAGAACUGGCGGGCAGUUCAGCAACAGAGGCCAGUACCCCAGAGACUGCAGGGGAAAUGGAACAUGGUCUCCUGAACCCAGAUGCCACUGUCCAGGAGAAUGUGCUUCAAGUAGGGGAAAGGACAGCGGAAAGAUCUGAGAACUCUAAUAUCAGCACAGCUGGAGCCCUUGAUGUACAAGUCACAAAUAAGCCUGUGGAUAAAGCCAUUGUUUCCAACAGUGUCUCUGCCACUGGUUCCCUGGGUGGUAACAAACCUGCUGAGUCUCUGCUUGCAUUUAGUAAUAGGGAAACCUCCAUUGAAAAAACAGCAGAAACUGAAACUUUAAGAAGUUGUGAAGAAAGCGCCAAUGCUCCGGUAGAUCAGAACUCUCUGGUCAUUCCAGCCACUGCAAAAGGCAAGAUUUUAGGUGGAUUAGAACCCAGUACUCCCGUAGUAGGCAUAUGUGAGGCAACGUCACCCUCAGAUUUAACCUUUCCUGGGCCAGAAAAAGAUGGAAUGCCAAACCAAAAACCAGAAACGAAUUCAUCUCAUGCUCAAAACCAAAAGAGCAAAUCACCCAUUUGUUCUACAGCUGGAGAUGGUAAACUUUGCGUGGACUCUGCAUGUCAGCAGAACACAGUGCCGUCUAGUGGUGAGGCGGGUGCAAGGCCGUGCGAUGGCACAGUCAGGCAGCCCGAAAGCACCACAGCGGGGCAGGCUGCCACACAAGACCCGGCCACUGCCGCCUGCUGUGAAGACCCACAGGCCAACACAGUCACCUCUGACCCUGUGGGAGACACCCAGGAAUGUGGAGAUUUUUGUCCUCUCGAAGUUUUGGAUACAGGGGGCCAAGGAAAAGAUCUAAAACAAGAUAAGCCUUUAACAAAUACACUUGAGAUAGUUUCACAUCCACAGCCAGUUGUCCCUAAAACUGAGAAAGAACUAGUGGCAGACCAGGCACUGAUAUCAGACAGCACUUUCUCUCUGGCAAACACUCUAGGCAGUGAAUCAGUAACCAAAGAUGACGUACUCUCUUUUGUCCCCUCCCAGAAAGAAAAGGGAACAGCAACUCCUGAACUACACACGGCUACAGAUCGUAGAGAUGGCUUGGACGGAGAUUCGAAUGAUCCCCGUAAACAGCCACUAGAAGACAAGGCAGCAGGCCAGUCUGUGUCCCCCACUGCUGCAGAGCUUCACUCCAGCAUGGGGAAUACCAGUCCCACAGGACAUGGUGGAGAGCACGAGGGUCCCAGCCCCACAGCAACCCCUGAAGUUCUCAGUACCAAGGGGGAUACUGACUCUUCCCCAGUAAGUGUGGGCAAGGCCACUUUGACCUCUGAUUCAGUUUUGACUGAAGAAGGAAGAAAUCUGGUGGCUUCAGAAAGCUUGGCAGCUCAGGGACAGCAGGACAAAGAUAAAGCAGUGACUUGUUCCUCCAUUAAGGAAGAUACUGUUUCUUCAGGAACAUUGCAAGAAGAGCAGAGAACACCACCUCCUGGACAAGAGACACCAGAAUUCCGUGAAAAACCUAUCACGGCUGCCUGUGCCAAGGACAGCACACUUCAGCACAGCAAUUCACUGGAUACACCCUCUGCCUGUCUUAAGGCAGAAACUAAACAUAACAAGGAAGUGGCCCCACAAGUCUCACUGCUGACUGAAGGUGGGGCUGCACAGAGCCUGGUGCCACCAGGAGAAAGACUGGCUGCAGACUUGAGGCAGGAAACUUUGGGUGCAGAGCAGAACAGCUCACCUCUGUUGCCAGGUGGGUCUGAGACUCUUAAUCACAAUCAGCCUUUUGCUCUGGAUGUUGGAGUGAGGAACCCUCAAUCCCAGGGAGAAAGCAGUGCCUGUGAAGUGAGUGGAAAUGUGAUGGUGGGUGUUGCAGUAGCUAAUGCUCUACAAGGUACUGCUGGACCCGGAAGAAAGGAUGUAUCGCAUAACACCCAAGAUAUCCUGAUUCCAAACGUCUUACUGAGCCAAGAGAAGAAUGUGAUCCUGGGUUUGCCAGGAGCUUUACCAGACAAAGAUGUGACUGACCCACAGGGAGCUGCAACCCCAGAGGUGGUACCUCUUGACUGGGAGAAAGGGGAGCUUCAGGGACCAGAACACAGCUGUACCAUGGGCGACCCUAAGGAAGCACAAAUGGACAACGAAGCACAUCCUGUCUUGCAGCCUGUUGCCAAGGAGCUCCCCACAGACACGGGGCUCUCAACCCAUGAUGACAAGGCCCCAGCUGGUGAGAGUGAAGCAGUGCGAGCCUUGGCCCCAGUCAGGGAAAGGAGUGCUCCUUCUCUACCUUGCACGGUCUCUGCCCAAGCUGCACAUCUGCCCGAGGGAGAAGACUUGAUAGAGGAGGCUGCCAGCCGCAUAGUGGAUGCCGUCAUUGAACGAGUCAAGGCCUCAGGAGCACUGCUUGCUGAGGGGGAAAUCAGUCACACAUCACUGUCCAGUCCUGAGUCGGACCCUCUGACUGAACGGCCGGGGAAUGCUGCUCCAGAGAAAGUGAAUGCCUUUCCGCCUGGGGAGAGCUUGGCAAUGGGCAGUAUUUGUGAAGAAUCCACAGGGAACCUUGAAGGAUGUUUUGCUGGAAGGGAGGAGCCAGAGAAGAAUAUGCUGCCUGUUCAAGGGCCUGAGCCAGCAACAGAAAUGCCAGACACGAAAGCUGAAGACGAAGUGGAUUUUCUGAGUAAUACUAGAGUGAGUUCAGUUUCUGAAGAGGUGGCUGUGGGGAGUGUAGCCACUACGCCUACGAUGAAGCAAGGCCUGAAGACCCAGGCGAUAAACCAGGAAAACUGGUGUACAAUAGAGCCAUGCCCUGAUGCAGCAUCUCUUUUGGCUUCUAAGCAGAGCCCAGAAUGUGGGAACUUCUUGGAUGUUGGAGCAGACAGAGAGUGUGCCUCAAAACAAGAUGUACUUAAACGAGAAUCUGGGAGUGAUUCUGACCUCUUUCACUCACCCAGUGAUGAAAUGGACAGCAUCAUCUUCCCAAAGCCCGAAGAAGAGCAGUUGAUAUGUGAUAUCACCGGAUCCAGUUCUUCCACUGAUGACACAGCUUCCCUGGAUCGACAUUCUUCUCAUGGCAGUGAUGUGUCCCUCCCCCAGAUUUCAAAGUCGAACCGGUCCAGAGAUCGGCAAAGCCUUGAUGGCUUCUACAGUCAUGGGGUGGGAGCUGACGGUCGAGAGAGUGAGAGUGAGCCUGCUGGCCCAGGUGACAUGGAGGAGGAGGAAAUGGACAGCAUCACCGAAGUGCCUGCCAACUGCUCGGUCCUGAGGAGCUCCAUGCGCUCUCUGUCCCCCUUCCGGAGGCACAGCUGGGGUCCUGGGAAAAAUGCAGCCAGUGAUGCAGAAAUGAACCUACGGAGUUCAAUGCGAGUUCUUGGGGAUGUUGUCAGGAGACCUCCCAUUCAUAGGAGAAGUAUGAGCUGGUGUCCCUCUGGUGUGCAAUACUCUGCUGCCCUGAGUGCUGACUUUAAUUACAGAAGUUUCAGUCUAGAAGGCUUGACAGGAGGGGCUGGUGUUGAAAACAAGCCAUCUUCAUCUCUAGAAGUAAACUCUGCAAACACCAAGGAGCUCAGACACCCUUUCGGUGGUGAGGAACGGGGUGACUCUUUGGUGUCACUUUCAGAAGAGGAUCUGGAGUCAGGCCAGAGAGAACAUAGGAUGUUUGAUCAGACAUGUCAUAGAUCUAAGCAACAGGGAUUUAAUUAUUGUACAUCAGCAAUUUCUUCUCCACUGACAAAAUCCAUCUCAUUAAUGACAAUCAGCCAUUCUGGAUUGGACACUCAGCAGCAGACUCAGCCAGCAAGACGGAUCUCCUUCUCCGUCAGCAUCUCUCCGCUCCUCCUUAAGUCUAAAACUCUCUUUUCUCUUGGCUCUUCUUAUUCCAGUGAUGAGGAGGAGGAGUUGCAUAAUUCACGGCCCUUCCACACCACCAGUGCUAAUCUGACUGAGAGUAUAACAGAAGAGAACUUCAAUUUCCCACCACAUAGCCUCUCCAAGAAAGAUUUUGAAAGGAAGAGUGCAACAAAAGUUAGUCGUACGUUCAGCUACAUCAAGAAUAAAAUGUCCAGCAGUAAGAAGAGCAAAGAAAAGGAAAAAGAGAAAGAUAAAAUUAAGGAGACGGAGAAAGAUUCUAAAGAGAAGGAGAAAGACAAGAAGACUCUGAACGGACACACUUUCAGUCCCAUUCCUGUUGUGGGUCCUAUCACCUGUAGCCAGUGCACGAAGCCUUUCACCAGCAAAGACGCCUACACUUGUGCAAAUUGCAGUGCUUUUGUCCACAAAGGCUGCCGAGAAAGUCUGGCCUGCUGUGCAAAGGUCAGAAUGAAGCAGCCCAAAGGUGGCCUGCAGGCGCAUGACACGUCAUCACUGCCCACGGUCAUUAUGAGGAACAAGCCCUCUCAGCCCAAGGAGCGCCCUCGAUCUGCAGUCCUCCUGGCAGAGGAAACCACUGCCACCCCAAUAUUUCCUAACAGACGGUCCCAGCAGAGCGUCUCGCUCUCCAAAAGUGUCUCCAUACAGAACAUUACUGGAGUUGGCAAUGAUGAGAACAUGUCAAACACCUGGAAAUUCCUGUCUCAUUCAACAGACUCACUAAAUAAAAUCAGCAAGGUCAAUGAGUCAACAGAAUCACUUACUGAUGAAGGAGUAGGUACAGACAUGAAUGAAGGACAACUAAUGGGAGACUUUGAGAUUGAUUCCAAACAGCUGGAAGCAGAGUCCUGGAGUAGGAUUGUGGACAGCAAGUUUCUGAAACAGCAAAAGAAGGAUGUGGUCAAACGGCAAGAGGUGAUUUAUGAGUUGAUGCAGACAGAGUUCCAUCACAUCCGCACACUCAAGAUCAUGAGUGAUGUGUACAGCCGGGGGAUGAUGACGGAUCUGCUUUUUGAACAGCAGAUGGUGGAAAAGCUGUUCCCCUGUUUGGAUGAGCUGAUCAGUAUACAUAGCCAAUUCUUUCAGAGGAUUCUGGAGCGGAAGAAGGAGUCACUGGUGGAUAAAAGUGAAAAGAACUUUCUCAUCAAGAGGAUAGGAGAUGUGCUUGUAAAUCAGUUUUCAGGUGAGAAUGCAGAACGCUUAAAGAAGACAUAUGGCAAAUUUUGUGGGCAGCACAACCAGUCUGUAAACUACUUCAAAGACCUUUAUACCAAGGAUAAGCGUUUUCAAGCCUUUGUAAAGAAGAAGAUGAGCAGCGCAGUCGUGAGGAGGCUUGGAAUCCCCGAGUGCAUAUUGCUGGUGACCCAGCGGAUCACCAAGUACCCAGUUUUAUUCCAAAGAAUAUCACAAUAUACCAAAGACAAUGAAGUGGAGCAGGAGGAUCUCUCACAGUCCCUUAGCCUGGUAAAGGAUGUGAUUGGAGCCGUGGACAGCAAAGUGGCAAGUUAUGAAAAGAAAGUACGUCUCAAUGAGAUUUACACAAAGACAGAUAGCAAGUCGAUCAUGAGGAUGAAGAGUGGUCAGAUGUUUGCCAAGGAAGAUUUGAAACGGAAGAAGCUUGUGCGAGAUGGGAGUGUGUUUCUGAAGAGCGCAGCAGGGAGGUUGAAAGAGGUUCAAGCAGUUCUGCUAACUGACAUUUUAGUUUUCCUUCAAGAAAAAGACCAGAAAUACAUCUUUGCAUCAUUGGACCAGAAAUCAACAGUGAUCUCUUUAAAGAAACUGAUCGUAAGAGAAGUGGCACACGAGGAGAAGGGUUUAUUCCUGAUCAGUAUGGGGAUGAAAGAUCCAGAGAUGGUAGAAGUCCAUGCCGGCUCCAAAGAGGAGCGGAACAGCUGGAUUCAGAUCAUUCAGGAUACAAUCAACACCCUGAACAGAGAUGAAGAUGAAGGAAUUCCUAGUGAGAAUGAGGAAGAAAAGAAAAUCGUGGACGCCAAAGCCCGGGAGUUAAAAGAACAACUUCAGCAGAAGGACCAAAAUAUCCUACUCUUACUGGAAGAGAAGGAGGCGAUUUUCCGGGACAUGGCCGAGUGCAGCACUCCCUUGCCAGAGGAUUACUCCCCAACCCAGAGCCCUAGAGUCCUCUUCCGCUCCAGCACAGAAGAGGCUCUCAAAGGAGGACCUUUGAUGAAAAGUGCAAUAAAUGAGGUGGAGAUCCUUCAGAGUUUGGUGAGUGGGAGCCUGGGAGGCGCACUCGGGCAGGCUGUCAGCAGCCCCGUUGAGCAGGAGAGCGCGGUUGGCCCUGUUUCCCUGCCCCGGAGAGCAGAGACCUUUGGAGGGUUUGACAGCCAUCAGAUGACUGCGUCGAAAGGAGGCGAGAAGGAAGAGGGAGAUGAUGGCCAAGAUCUUAGGAGAACAGAAUCAGAUAGUGGUCUGAAAAAGGGUGGAAAUGCUAACCUGGUAUUUAUGCUUAAAAGAAACAGUGAGCAAGUUGUCCAGAGCAUCGUCCAUCUCCACGAACUCCUUAGCACCCUGCAGGGUGUGGUGCUGCAGCAGGACAGCUACAUUGAGGACCAGAGGCUGCUGCUGAGCGAGAGGGCGCUCGCCCGGAGCUUGUCGCGCCCGAGCUCCCUCAUCGAGCAGGAGAAGCAGCGCAGCCUGGAGAAGCAGCGCCAGGACCUGGCCAACCUGCAGAAGCAGCAGGCGCAGCACCUGGAGGAGAAGCGCAGGCGCGAGCGCGAGUGGGAGGCCCGGGAGAGGGAGCUGCAGGAGCGCGAGGCCCGGCUGGUGCAGCGCGAGGAGAAGGUGCAGCAGGGGCAGCGGGACCUGGAGAAGGACCGGGAGGAGCUCCAGCAGAAGAAGGGCACCUACCAGUAUGACCUGGAGAGGCUGCGCGCCGCCCAGAAACAGCUCGAGAGGGAGCAGGAGCAGCUGCGACGAGACGCAGCAGAGCGGGACCUUAGCCAGGCUUCCCACCAGCACAGCAAGGUGAUGAGGAUCCCGUCCUUUUUGCCCAGUCCUGAGGAGUCCCCCUUGCCAUCUGCACCUUCGAUAGCCAAAUCAGCAUCAUUGGACUCAGAACUCUCGGUGUCCCCAAAAAGGAACAGCAUCUCUCGGACACACAAAGACAAGGGGCCUUUUCACAUACUGAGUUCAACCAGCCAGACAAACAAAGUACCCGAGGGGCAGAGCCAGGCCCCGGCGUCUGCCUCUGCCUCCACCCGCCUGUUCGGGUUAGCUAAGCCAAAGGAAAAGAAGGAGAAGAAGAAGAAGAGCAAAACAAGCCGCUCUCAGCCCGGUGAUGGUCCUGCGGAAGUGUCAGCCGAGGGUGAAGAGAUUUUCUGCUGACCUUUGUCCUCUCUGUGGAGACAGCUGCUUCCGGGUCCUGGCCAGGGGUUCCCAGCCCACCUCUCUUGCUGUCCCUGCGGGCACAAGUCUCCUACACUGGACACCCACUGCUCCUCAGCGUCCAGCCCUCCUGGGCAGCCCUGGGUCCUGGACAAAAGGAGCAGAUUGUGUUGAGUGUCAGGGUGGGGAGGGAGGCCCGGAUUCUGCUUCAGCUGUGGCUGUGGCUGCCAGGGACUUGUGGGUUGGAGCUGGCCAUGCUCAAGGUGUUACACUGAAAGUAGUGGCCCCAGAAGUACAGGCAAUGGUUUUGGACAUGUUGGGAAUUCCUAGAGUCUGAAAGAGUGUUUCCAAAUGAGGUCUGAAACUCUGCCUUUUAUUUGGGGGAACAACCAAAACCAGACAGCAGGUAGUUUGGACUUUACUGUGUACAUAUACAGUGACCUGCACGUACGUACAUGGGGUACGCCAGAAGCACCCACAGCCUGCACGAGACGUCUGGUCAGCUUAGCACAGGAGGGAAAGCCUGGACUAACCAGUCGCCCCUGGAUGCUCAGAGCUUCACCCAGUAGUCCUCAGAGAUUGGGGUCCCUUUAAGCCCACCCUGUGCACACACCACCCCCUUUUUUGCGUGUAUUUCUCAUUUCAUUUUAGAAGGGAUGACAAACAUUUGUGACACCAGUGAGAGAAGGCGUGAUGUGUGUGACAACGUGGUCUGCACCACCUUGAUCUUGCUGUUUAGGCACUAAAAAAAGUAUCUCAUUUUCCCAUCCAAUCCAGAAGAAAUACGCUUGCUUUCCAGGAUGUUUGCCCACGUGUUCUGAGCACACAUGAAGUAGAGAGGCCUCCUUCCCAUCUUCCCUGCAGUGUGACACUUUUUGGUUGUCACUGACCAUUCAGUAAUGGCCAGGGCCUCCUGGCAGUGUUCUGAGCCCUCACGGCGGCUCCCCCGGGGCAGCUGCUGUGCCUGGUCCUGACGGGGACAGUGCGCCCUGGUGGCACCUCCUGCAGCCCUGCCAUGCCAGCCCCGACCAGGGCCGGGCAGGAGCUGCGCUCUGAGGCCCCCAGCAAGGUUGUCCUCACCCCCAUGCCAGGACAACUGGCUGAGAAGUAGGUUCAGGUGAAGGGGUUGAGCCCACGUAGCGGUUCCUGCCAGUUACAGACCAGGAGGAGCUGACCCAAAAGGUGUCAGAAGGCCUUGGCAAAAUUUGAUUUCUUAAAAGUUUUAAAUCUGAAGGUCUGUUGGUUAAUUGUACCCACCCCCGAACGAUGUCACGGUUGCCGCCUGCUGCUGCUUCGCUUUCCUCGUUUUCCUUCCCCGCUGCGUUCGGUCUGCGUCUGCCCGAGGCUGCCCGGCGGCUGGUGUGCGCGGGGCAGUUCGUCGGUAACGGUUCCCUCCGAGGCCCCUGUGCCGCGCGGGGAGACCCCGGAAGCUCUGCGCUUCACACGUGGCCUUCGACUCCUGCUUUUUGCCCCUCAGAAGCAUGGGGCUUUGAACAUGCUUUUUAAAAAAACAAAAAAAUCUGUAACCUGGUGCUUGUUGAUAAAUUGCAAGCUGGCCUUGCAGAUGGAGAUAUUUAUCUUUCAGUUUAUUUGAAAGAGGUCUGGUUUAAAAUUUCUAGCCUAGAUUUGUUUUAUUUAUUGUGUGUGUGUGUUUGUAGGUUUUUUUUUUUGUUUUUUUUUUUUUUAAGGGUGAACCAGUACUAGCCCGAUCAGUGCCGAGAGCGCAGCGGCCGUCGGGCCGCCCGCUCGCCAGGUCUUCCCCGGUGCCGUGAAGCCCCGGGUGAAACCGAAGGGCUGGGGAAGAGGUCCCUGUCCUUCCCUUCCCCUGCCCCACCUCAUCCUUGUAUCAAGGGGCAUCUUUCUCCCUCAUUUGAGAAUUAGGAUGUUGUCACCUAUGAGCUACCUUUACCUGUUUUUGUCAUGGAGAAUUCUUACCCUUCAGAAAUAGACUUUAAGACCAAAACCAACUGAUUUUUCUAUUGAAACCAUGAUGUAUCCCCCCCCAAAGACCCUAAACAGCAAAAAGUUAAGUUGCGUUUUUUUUCCACCAAUCCAUAUGACUCCAGGCUUAAGCUUGUCAUGACUUUCCUCAGAUCCGCCACAGGGCUCAGCUGUCCUUGUCACUGGCUCUGAGUUACCCACCUGGGGUUGACAGGAGGGCAAUAUUGAAGGAAGAUAUGCAGACCAAGCAUGAUGGUCACACCUGUAAUCCUAGCACUUUGGCAGGCUGAGGCGGGAGGAUUGCUUGAGUUCAGGAGUUCGAGAGCAGCUUA